CAUUCAUUUCACUUCGACAACAACAUAUCGAACACAGGUACGGCAAUCAGCAGUCAACAUGCGUACCUACGACGAUACCUUCAGCGGUACCAAGAUCUACCCGGGCAAGGAAGUCGCUAAGAAACGAACCCGCCGCACUGUCAAACACCAGCGAGCCAUCGUCGGUGCCUCUCUUGACGUGAUCAAGGAGCGCCGCUCACAACGACCCGAAGCCCGCGCCGCUGCCCGUCAAGCCGCCAUCAAAGACUCCAAGGACAAGAAGGCCACGGAGGAGAGCAAGAAGAAGGCUGAGAAGGCCAAGACCGCUGCUAAAACUGCGGCCGGUCAGGUUCGUGGUGGUAUUGCCAGCAAGCAGCAGGCCAAGGGCAAGCCUGGUAAGGUCCAGGCCACCAGCAGAUAAGCGAUGUUGGGAUCUGUUCUUCGGAAUCGCGAGAACGUUUAUUCGUCAUGAUCCAAAAAUAUCACCUAGAAGCUGGGCUUGAUGAUGAGUUCGGGGCUUUUCGCAAACUGCUGCAUGCAGCCAAUUCGGUUCUGCAAAUGGGCAGAGGUUUCGAUGCUGGCUUUUAUUGCAGGGCACGUCUCCUACUGCAGGAG